UGUAGUUAUGUCAUGAAGCGACUCACAACCAGCUAAAAUCCGCAAACGUAGCUUUUCUUUUAUUUUGUUUGUUAAUGAAAAACUGGAAAACCUAUUCCUGCAUAAUAUACAUUUAAACGAGUUGUCAGCCCCAAGGAACUCAAUUUCGAACUUAACGCCUACAUUGGCGCAAUUGCAUCCGAUUGGCAGGUCACACUCGCGCGUCCAUUGCAAAAAAAAAUUCCGACAGAUAUUAAAAAUAUCGUACUGCAGGGGGAAACAGCAUAGUUAUUGUGUGAAAAGUGUACCAAUUACUGUGAACAACUAUUAGGCCAGGUGUUUAUUCGCGACUCGCUUAAGUCUCGCUCGUCUCCUCCGCCGUGCGGCUUCUUUUCUGUUUUUUUUUUGCACCCAAGCCAAAGCCAAAGUUGCGCCACUCACACUCCUACUUUGCGGCCGGGCCGCAGCAUUUCCAUCAAAAUGUCUUUGGAUGGCGCUAAAUUGCGGUAUGUUGACGAAAGCGGCUUGCCCGUGGUUGUGGCGGCCAAAGGACGCACCUUCCAGGUGGGUUCGUAUCUGAGCUGUGACCUGGUCCUGGAUGGGCCCCAGGUUGAGGAGCUGCUUUGCGAAAUAAAAUGCGACGCCUUCGGCAGGGUAACCAUCAACAACAAAUCGAUUAAGGAGCUCGUCCAUCUGAACGAUAAGGUUCUGCACGGCAAGCGGCCGCUGCUACAUGGCGGACGCAUCACCAUACUCAAUCAGGUCUACACUUGGGAGUUCCCCAAGAUCUCCGAGACGGAGGAUGUGCCGCGCACUCCCGAACGCCUGUCGCCCGUUGAGCAGGCUUCCAACUCCUGCCCAUCCCUGAAGUUGCAGUCCCACCGUCCUCAGAUCGACAAGCGUUUGACCGUGCACAACUUUCGCUAUUGCAUCAAUUCGGAUGACGAGGGCAACACUUCGAUUGAGUCGCGGGAUGAAAGCGAUGCCCAUGUGGAGGCAGACGAGAGCCAACGCUGCAAGACUCCGCCAAAUGCAGACGACGAGCCAGCAGCCGAAGCUGGUCAGACUCCGAAAGUAGAUCUUCUGGAUGCCACGCAAAACAAGGAGAACACCGCCACCCCACCAGCCAGUCACAAAAAGCUGCUGAAGCUCUGCGCCCUCUCCGAUGUGGUCAUCACCUCGUUCUCGCCCCGCGAGACUGGUGUCAAGACGGAGAAGUCCUUCACAUGUGUCCGCAAACCCAACGUGACGACAAUCUCCACGCCCAAGAGCGUCUACAGCACUCCAAAGAGCGUGCUGUCGGAGCUGAAUGAGGACAGCUGCAGUCGGGAUCUGCUCGACUUCAGCACACCAUCCACAUCGAAGAAGACCCGGAGGAAGACCUCCAUGUAUCUCAUUGACCUGACAACACCACAAAAGCUGCGUCCCACGCUCAAGCAUACGCCCAUCAUUGUGUCCGACAGCGCCGACGAAUCGUCAGGUGCCUCGCCGCUCGUCAUAGACAUAACCCAAGCGGACACGCCGCCAUCUCCAGCUCCAGCUCCGUCGCACAAAGUGGCCAAGACACCGAAGAGACUGGCGGCUGCGGCGACCCCCAAGCGAACGCCACAGUCCCUGAUGAAACGGGCUCUGCUGACGAGUACCAAAAAGCAGAUUGCUGCCAAUCGAGCAGAGCCAACCACGCCUGUGGCCGCGCCGAAGCGACCAUCUCUGCUGCAGGCGCGUCGUCAGUGCCUCACCACACCGACUCGUCUGCCCUUCCAUUCACUGAAACGAACCGCUGCCCAACGAGCGGCCGAUCAGGAAAAGGCCAAGACACCCAGGACCUCGCCUCGCAAGGGACCAUCUCUGUUCUUUGCCAGUCCCCGGGAGAACAAACUGUCCCAGAUGAGGCAGUCCCUGGCUGGGGCCAGGCGCAGUCCCAAUGUGGAAAUGAGCAACAAGUUGGUGUCCAAGGCUCGACGCUCCCUCAGCAACUCUCCCAGGGAUGGUUCCCCCAAGCUAGAGUCGCCUAGGAUCGGGUCACCCAGGCAUGGAUCACCCAAGCCAGCCUCGUCCAUCGCCCCAUUGACACCACAAACGAGCGGAAGCGCGUUGAAGGAAUUAAAUAUAUCCAAAAGCAAAUGCUCCACCCCGGAGAAGCUGGACGACUCUGGGGAUGAUCUGAGCCGCACGUUCACCAUCAAGGAUGAUCAUGAUGAAAGCGGAGGAGAGCCAAGCAGAGCGGGAUCAACAGUCGAGACAGCGGUAGCCACUGAAGAGCCACCAGUAGAUGCAGUAGAUGAGAUUCCCAUUAUCGAGGAUAGCAUAUGUGAAGAGAUUCACGUAGAUUUGCCUGAGAAAAUCGUCGAGGGUGCGGUUUUGAUUGACGACAGCAUUUGCGAGGAGCUCCCCACAGAUCCGAAAGCCAAUGCAGAAGAAGCAUCACAAAAGGACCAACUGGAGAGUCUGAAGACGAUUGAAGAGGACAAAACUUCCAUUGUAAAAGCGUCAACAGUUGAGAAGCCGGCUAUGGAAGUGGAGAAAGAAGCUCCAGCUUUACGUACACCCCUGCCUCGAAGGAGUUCGCGGCGCCUCUCCGCUGACCAGAGGACUUUGGCCACCACUCCGCGACGCAGCACUCGCCGAGCCUCUGUCGAGGUCAAUAGCGACCAGAAUGUAAUCGGCCAACGCACGCGACGCGCCUCUUGCUCUGCGGCCGAUACACAGGCCCUGGCCACGCCCACGCGAAAGCGUCGACUGACAGAGGAGAUGGGCACGCCAACACGGCAGUCGAAGCGCCUGCUAAACACGCCCAAGCGAACCAAUUUAGUCGAUGAAUCCGUCGGCGAUAUGGGCGUCAUUGUGGAGGAAGCUGCUCCGGCAGAUGAAAAAGAAAAAGCGGCCGCUGAAGACGAGGAUUACGGCACGGAGCUGGCCACAGAUGAGCCCGACAAUGUGGACUAUCAUGGCCUGAGGGAUAUGCUAAAGACGCCCAAGAGCUGCAGCACGCCGUUGUACAAGGGCUUGCGGGAACUGAUGCAGACCCCGAAGAUGCCUGCCUCGCCCAUUCUGGGCAACAUUGAGGAGCUGCUGGAGCGCUCUGACAGCGUCUCGGACACGCCGCGAAGGAGCAGGCAGAGAGCACCAGCGGGAGAGCCAGAAGGCAGGAACCUCGACCGGAUUUUGAAGACACCCAGUGCCAAGAACAUCAUGGUCCCCAAUGAGCCAGCCAGUGCGAUGCUACAUUCGCGCAAGGAUUACACCAGCGACUCGGUGCUGAUAAGUUGCAAUUUGAGCGUUGGAAGGCACACCCUGCCCCUGGACAAUAUCUUCCACGAUGUACCCAGCACGUCCGCUGUCCAUGCGGACGACAGUGAAUUCGAAAUAAAUGUGACUUCCGUCAGCACAGCCACUGACGCCGAUCCCCUGGCUGCCUCCAAGCGAAACGAAUCGGUCUCGUCGGAGGACCUGAUGAACUUGAGUGCUGCCACGACUUACAGGAAGACUGCGACGACCAGCACCACCUACAAAGCUGCCAUCAGGGCGGACCUGAACCUCAGCACACUGACUGAGGAGGGAGGGGCGUCCAGGGACACCUCGCCAAGCGUCAACGACAUAAGCGGCAUCCAGCUGCUGGAUCAGACCUCGGAUUCGAUGUUCUGCGACCCUCUGGUAGUGUCAGUCUCUGGUGUUGAAUCGGGCGACGUGACCGUGGAGGAGACCAAGGCUCAGACCGUCCGUCCGCCAUCUGAACCGAUCCCGAGUGACGAUCGUUCCGACACUGACUCAAUCGUGGGUCUGAGCGAACCCCUGGUGUUCAGCGAUGAUGAGGAGACAAUCGCAGAAAAAGACAUUCCCCACAAGAAGGUGGAAGAAUCUGCUGUGACAUCGCCCAACAAACACGCUGCCACAGACCCAACUAAUACAAAUGGCAAAGAUAUACCUAUAUCCGUCGAGGGAUCCAUAGAAGCCGUCGAUUCUUUAGUCGAUGAGAUUUCGUUGAUCGAAGUACAAGACAUCACGACUGAAAGCAGCAUCAAUGCCACCAAAGGCAACACCAUGCCCAACGACUCUUCAAUGAUAAUUGAACUGGACUCAAGCGAAGACACCAAAGCACCGCAGGCUAAAGAAACGGAUGUCUCCUCUGUCGUGGAGGCUACGAUUACCGAGUCCGAGACUUAUCCUCUGGACUCUACAAUCGAAUAUUCGGCCAUUGAGCUGAACGUCUCAAGCCCAGUCGCAAAUAAGGAAAUCACAGCUGCCAAACCGGGAAUACUCGUAUCAGAAGUGGAAGCAUCGUCCUUCAAGGAGUUGCCAGAGGAAAGUGCAGCCGAAAAGUCGGAGGUUGAAGUUGAAUCGGCACCCAAAGAGCUGCCAGAAGAAAGCAUCACAGAGAAGGGCACUGAAAGGAAGCCUGUGGAAGAGAGGUCACCAAUCAAGGAGGCCCCAGAGAGUGCAGUCCGAGACAUAGAUGAGGAGGAGAAGGACAGUUGUGAAGAAUAUCCAGCUCCAAAGGAAAAGGAAGAUACUCCAUCAGUUGAGAAUAGUUUGGAUAUCAUUCAGCAAAUGCCAGAAGCAAAGGAAACGCCAACCGAUGUAUCUUUGGUCAAAGAAGGAUCUGAGGUAGAGGAUAUCCUGGGACUGUCGGCUGUUGUAAACGCUGUUCAAGAUACAAUUGACUUCGAAGAUCCACAGACACUAUCCCAUGAGACGGCUACAAGCACAGACGAACCCGAACACAAAGAAUUGGAAGCUUCUAGUGCGCCCAAGCCUGCUGGGGAACAACGAAGUGAAGCGUCUCCUGCUACAGAGUCAGCAAGUGAACCAACAAAAGAAGCCCAUAGUCCGGAAGUGGACUCAAAUGUAGUGGACGUGACACAAGACAUCAGCAGAGCUGAGAGUCCAAAGGAAGCUGAGACACCACCUGAAGAUGGGGCAAUUCAAUUGGAUGCAUUCAGCAUUUUAGAAACUGUUGACCAAGAGUCCACGUCCAUCAUCGAUCCACCGCAAGAAGCUGAUGUGGUGCCAGAAAAAUCUUUGAUUGAAAAGUUACCAGAAGAGUCGUUGAUUGAAGAAGUGCCAGAGGAAUCUUUGAUUAAAGAGGUGCCAGAGGAAUCGUUGAUUGAAGAGGAGCCAGAGGAAUCGUUGAUUAAAGAUGUGCCAGAGGAAUCUUUGAUUGAAGAGGAGCCAGAGGAAUCUUUGAUUAAAGAGGUGCCAGAAGAAUCUUUAAUCGAAAAGGUGCCAGAGGAAUCUUUGAUUGAAGAUGUGCCAGAGGAAUCUUUGAUUGAAAAGUUACCAGAAGAGUCUUUGAUUGAAGAGGUGCCACAAGAGUCUUUGAUUGAAGAGGUGCCAGAGGAAUCGUUGAUUAAAGAUGUGCCAGAGGAAUCUUUGAUUGAAGAGGAGCCAGAGGAAUCGUUGAUAAAAGAGGUGCUAGAGGAAUCUUUAGUCGAAGAGGUGCAAGAAGAAUCGUUGAUUGAAGAGGCGCCAGAGGAAUCUUUAGUUGACGACUUGCCAGAGGAAUCUUUUAUCGAAGAGGUGCCAGAGGACUCUUUAAUUGAAGAGAUUCAAGACGAUUCCAUUGCAUUGGAAACCACGCUAGAUGAAAUUCGAUCUGAGGAUCAGCAGACCAAUGGUCCCAAAGUGGAAGAGCUGCCCAGCCGAAACCAGAAAGAGGACGUGUCCCCACUGGACGUGCCUAGCGAUGCGGAGGCAAACGAGAAACCUGCAGCUGGAGGGCAGGAUGGCAGCACGAAAUCCGCAAUCGACACAGCAAAGGAAACAAAUAAUCUGGAUGAAUCAACUGCCGGGGAUCUAGCUGAAGAUGAGGUGAUUCAAUUGGAUGCCUCAAACCGACUUGAAGAUGUUUCUACCGUCGAGGAAAUGCCAGAACUUGAAGGAUCUCCAGCCGAAGAACCUGCAGAUGGAAAGGAUAAAGAGGAUGCCAUUCAACAAGAUUCAAAGCCAGAAGACACAACCCAAAACAAGAGUCCAAGUGAAGGUCAACGGAGCAAUGGCCAGGAUGCGGAAACAUCGGCCUCGGAAGCUGCCGAGAAAACGUCUCCCAGCGACAAAUCUGUUAUCGGGAAGCCUGAAGAGGCUUUCCUUCUGGAGGAGUCAACAGACAUGGAGUUAACGAAGGAUGAAUUCAUCCCGGAGGUCGCAAAGGAAGCCGAGAAAUCCCCAACGAAGGAACCUGCUAGAGAGAACGGAAAUGACGAAGAGGUCAUUCAAUUAGAUGACUCCAACUAUUUUGAAGAUGUGGUGCCCACCUUAGAUGGUCGCAAAUCUCCAAGCGAUGAACUCCUUAAAGCAGUUGAUGAAGAACUCGCCCGCGAAGCGGAGACAUUGCCCUCGGAACAGACUUCAGUCCAGAGGAAAUCAACUAACGACGACAAAGUCAUUCCAGGGGAUGCCUCGAGCAAUGCAGAAACGCAUGAAGGCGACAUCGAUCAGUCACUUUCUGGCCACACGACGGAGGAUGAGAUCACUGCUGACGUCUCAGCUGUAGACCCUAAAGCAACACCAACAGCCACAGCCAUGGAGUUACCCAAAGAAAGCGAAAUGAAGUCCACAUCUGAGGCGAAAGUCAUCCCCGAGACCUGCACAACCAACGAAGCGGCUGCUUCUCUAGAGGAUUCAACUUCUGAGACAGUUUCGGAAGCAACUCCAGAUGAACACAAAGUCGAAGCUAUUAUCUCAACACCAGAGCGGAAUAUUCAACAAGAAACUGAAACAAAAACCGGACCUGAAGCUGAGCAAAGAGGUCCAUCCCCUUCAGUUGAGGCGCCUGUAGAUGCAGCGAAAGAACUGCCUCAAUCAACCCCAGGAAAAGAAGAGGAAACAUCAGAGAUUGUUUUGCGAUCUACUAAGGAACCUGCUCUUAGUGACCCAUGUUCUAUCGCCGAGGGAUCUGUCACCCCACCACCUGCAGUUGAGCCUGUUAAGAAUCCAUUGCCUGAAAAGGAAGAGGAAUCCGCACAGACUGAAAGCUCUGAAGUUCCUGUUCCCAGUGCUCCAACUUCUAUCGUUGAGGAAGGCACCCCUUCUCUUGCAGUCGAGAAGGCAUUAGGGGAAUCAAAGGAACUGACUCAAUCAUCAGCACAGAAAGAAACAUCAGAGAUUAUUUUUGAAUCUACUAAGGAACCUGCUCUUAACGCCCAAAGUUCCAUCGCUGAGGAAAGCAACCCAUCACCUGUAGUCGAGGUUCCUGGGCCAGAAAAAGCAGAGGAAUCCGCACAAAUUCGCUCCGAACAUUCUAGGGGAUCUGUUCCCAAUGCUCCGACUUCUAGCGUUCAGGAAGAGCCCGCUCCACUUGCAGUUCAGGAGCCAUUGGGAGAACUCUCUCAAUCAUCACCAGACAAAGGACGGGUAUCAGUAGAGAUUCCAUCAGACUCUACUAAGGAACCUGCUGCCAAUGCUCCGAUCUGCAUCGAUGAUGAAAGCACACCUUUAUCCACCGAGGAAAUACAAUCAGUUUCCUCAACAUCAGAGUCUGAAGAAGUGAUCGAUGAGACCCCCACAAAUCAGUCGAUAAUCGGCUUGAUUGCUGCAAACAAACCAUCUGCAAGUACAGCUCAAAGUGCGAACGACGAGAUCCAAAUAAUAUCAGACGAUAGUCAAUCAGUGUCGUCCCCGAAAGAAGAAACUUCAAGCCAAGAUGACGACGAAGAUGACGAUGAGGAUUGCGAUGAGGCCAUGGACAUGCUGGAAGAACAAGUCGAUCCUGUGGAUCUGCACGUGAAUAGAAGGGAAACCACCACCAAAGUGUUCCCCUCUAAGGUCCAAAUGGAUGAUGAUGUGAUUGAGUUGAGCGACUCAAAUUCGAGCCACGAUCCGCAGGAGAAAGUACCAACAGAAACUACAGCACCCACAGUGGAAGCCGCAACAGAAGCCCCUGAAGCAGAUAAACCUUCGUCUUCGGGUGCGCCCGCUGGGGUUGUGGAGCCCAAAGCCAUGUCUGUUAAAUCAUAUACUACUGGUUCUGCAAAGGAAGAUGAAGUUGCAGCCGCAUCCCCUGAAGAUACACCAAGGGAGGCCGCACUCGAGCUUACUCCAGCCCCAAAUGAAACGACAGGAGCCUCCGUAUCCGAGACACAAACAUUUGGAUCCGCUCUGGAUGAAGAACAGGAUAUCGCAGCUGAGUCUGAACGAGACAGAAGGAAUACGCUAGCGACGGAAAAGCCGCUCGAAAGUAAUUCUGAAAACGGGAAUCAAGCGCUUGAAGAAAACACCUUGAAAAAUGUUGAAGAAGAGAAGGAUGCAGAAAACAGGGAAAAGCAAGAGCCAGAGGUGGCUGCAGAAGAAGCAGUCAAGCAGGAGGCGAGGAAGGUAACAAGACUGGCACGCAAUGACGGGCAGCCGCCCGCUAAGGAGAUUCAGCCAGCCGCCAAAAGAGCCAGAAAGGGCUCGUCCGUGGAGAGAACUGCAGAGGCUAGCGAAUUGGAGAGGCCAAGGCGGCGGGGCCGCAAACCGUCCGCCGAGGUACAGCCAAUCCUCGAGGAAAAGGAUGUCAUCACGAACACGAGACGGGGACGAAAGCCGUCCAAGCAAUCAUCAGAGGAGGCAAAGGACAACGAAGCACAGCCGAAGACGGAGGAGAUUCUGAAUCCCAUCACAGAGGACAACAUGCCAUCCGAACAUGUUAAACAAAUGGAUCCACCAAAGCGAAACCAGGAGGAAUCCAAGGAGCUGCUCCCUUCGACAACAAGGCGUGGACGCGGACGUCCUCCAUCAGCGGAGAAGGAUCAAGCACGGAAGGCCAAAGCCCGGGAGCUCCUGGCAGCCAUUAAAGUAGAUCAAACAGUGGACUCCGCGCCUAAGAAGCUCCCAAAACGAGUUCGCAAAACACCCGAAGUGGUCCAGGAGGUGCAUAUGGAGGUUAUGCCUGAGACAUCAAAGCGAAACAGACGAGCUCCAACAGCAGAGAAGGAGGCCACAAAGGAUGAUCCACACAUCCCCAAAACCCAUGAGCAUCUGGCAGCCAUCAAAGAAGAUCCACCAGCUGGGGAUGAACCAAAGAAGACCCUGAAACGAGCCCGCAAGUCCUCAGAGCUUGUAAAAACCGAGGAGGCCAGUCAGCAGCCAGCUAAAGAGGGCCAGCCAGAUGCCCAGGCAGAUAGACCCAAGCGACGUGGACGCAAACCCUCCAUGGAUGUGGAGGUGGCAGCUCCGGAGGUGCCCGAGCAUCCCAGGCGCCGAGGACAGAAAGCAGAUCCAACACCAGAGAAAGAAUCAGCCUCAAUGAAGCCCGUGGACCAUCAUCUGGAGGAGAUCGCUGAGGAAAUCGAGCGAGAGCCAGAGCCAAAGAAGCUGCUGCUGGACGAGGAGGAGCCCAAGACACGGCGACGCGGACGCAAAGCCACAGCCGAGACGACGGAUGUCCCAAUGGAGCAUGUCGAGGCUGCCAGCUCUCGGCGGCGCGCACGCAAAGCGACCGUGGAGGAGGGCACGGCCGACCAGGUGGAGCCCAAAUCAAAGCGUCACAGCGGAGAGGGCCUACCACCGGAGACUCCUCUUCCCGAGAUCCAGGAAGCAUCAACGGUAAAGACAACGCGACGCGGUCGCAAACCAAGCGUGGAUGUGGAUACAGCAGAGAAGAAGCAGCCAUCGCGAGCUCUCCGGAAGCCAUCGACGAGUGUCGACGAGGGCACACCCCAAGCCAAAAAGACAACGGCACGAAGAGGACGCAAAGCUUCCGCCCAAGCUGAAGGUAUCGAUGCACAGAAAAAUGUGCAGGAUGUGACCACAGAGUUGGCUGCCACCGUUACUGCCACCGCUUUGGCCUCCGCAGAGAAGCCCAACGAUGGCGUAUACCCCUCGCCCUCCCACACCGAGGAUGAACUGACGCCGCGUCGACGCGAGGGACGCAAUCUUCCACGGAAGAACUACACAGAAGUUCCCGACGAUGACAAGCCCAGCUCUGGAUCACGACGUAACCGAAAGCCGGUGACCAGCGGCAAGGCAGCAGCUGCCAAGACGCUCGAGAUGGAGGUGCAUCCCACCACGCCAACACCCUCUCAGAAGGGGCCACCGAUCGAAGAGGCAGUCAGAGCUACCCCAGCCACUCCAGAGAUGGCCACGGUGACCUUGCCGGACCCCACAACUUCGCAGAGACGUGAGGGACGAAAUCUGCCACGCAAGAACUACACAGAAGCCCCCGACGAUGACAAGCCGACCCCGUCCCGCAGCCGGCGCCAGAGGAAUCCGACGGUCAAGGCCCUGGAGCUGAUUGUGGACACCACGCCCAGACCAGCCACGCCCAGGCGACGCAGAGGAAAGGCCGGCACUGAGGAGCCGCACGAGGAAGCGCCUGCAGCGAAGAAGGUGGCCGAGGAAACAGAGGUAGCCACGGUCGCCGCAGUCAAAGGACGUGGCACCCGUCGCAAGGCCGAGGAUGAGGCUGAAGCAGAUUCUGCAGCGCCCACCAAGCAUGCGGCACGAGCAGGCAACUCACGCAAAGCCAAGGUCGAGACUGAGCCAGAUUCAGAGGACCAGCCGGCCACCAAGAAAGCACGUGGCGGAGCCCGUGCUAAGACACCAGCGGUGAUCAUUUCUGACGAGGAGCCUGCAGAGCAGCCGGUGGUGGCUGUGUCCGCCAAAAAACCAGCCGACCGUGGACGCGGACGAGCUGCCAAGGCAGCCCCGAUUGUCGAGCCAGAGGCAAUGCAGCCCGUUCCGUCGGCGGAAGCCGCUGCCCCCUCAGCCUCGACGGCACGCAGUGGCCGUGCCAAGAAGGUGCACUUCGAGGCCACUCUCCCAGCGGCAGAUUCCGCCACCAGCAACGACGAGGCGCCCAAGAGAGCGACACGCUCCCGCCGCAAAUAAGGAACUUCAUUUGCAUCUUGCAUUUGCCCCAUUGUUUAUACAUAUAUAAAUAUUCUCUAUCGUACAAUUGUUUUUAAGCUUUCACACACUUUACGAACUUCUGUAUAAAAUAAAAUUACAUCUAUGCACGGCUA